AUUAGCAAUCUAUCACAUGAUAGUUGUCUCGCUUAUACCUACAUUUUUAUUUUUGGUUUUUGUAUUACUGAUUUUUUUUGUUGUCAAAUGACACAUUUCACAAUUAUCAUUAUCACAGUGGUAAAUUACCUUUCAGCGAAGAACGUAUAAUAUAAUAUAAUUAAAAGUUCUCUGCUUUCAAAGUGAACUCAUCGGUUUCUUUACAAGAAGCAAAUCACCAAAAGAAUUUUAUACUACAUCAUGGAGACCGCGAAUAAAGAUAGUGUUAAGGAGUAUCCGGUUACCUCAAAGCUAGAUUUGCUAAAUGUUAUGUGUUCAAUUUGUCACGAUGUUUAUAAAAAUACGGAUCAAAUAUCCUACACAAGCUGUGGUCAUAUAUUUCACAAAAAGUGUUUAUUUAUGGCAUUUAAAAAAUCAAAAACAUUUCCCGAAUGUCAUCGCCCAUCUGGAAAUAAAAGAGUACACCCUAUAUUCCUCUAUUUUGGUCAAAGUACAGAAAUGGAUUUGAAAUGGAUGAAAUCCUACGCGAAUUUGCCUAUUUGGACACCAUUACACCAUUUAGAAUUGAAUGGUUCGGCCCCACUGUCUCCAUCAAAGCUAGAUAAAGCCAUUCAAGCUGGUACAGAUACCGAAGGUAAUCCAACCUAUGUGGCUCGUGUUUAUUUCCAGAAUGACGUUUUGCCAGCCGGAUAUGUACCAGCUAAAGGAGUUGCAUAUGCGUCCUAUGGUUGUAAAGGCUAUACAUUUAGUGAAAAUAUCGAAUUAUUGAAUAACUUUACACACAAAUCUGCCAAUUCAAAUGCACAAGUACCGGAAAGAGCUGUAGUGGGCGGAUUUUCUGAGCUUGGUGAGGAUUUGUAUGUAGCACGAGCACAAUAUAAUGGCAAAACACUACUGGGCAAACUGCAAGUUACUCACGGCAAAAUGUAUAUGCCAUACGAUGGAAUUGAAGUUGAAUCUGAUGAAUAUGAAGUAUUGGUGCGAAUAAAGGUCACUGACCGAAGAAUUGGCGAAAAAAAUAAUGACUCAUAUCGAAUUUUAUACUCCAUCAUGGAGGCCGCGAAUAAAGAUAGUGUUAAGGAGGAUUCGGUUACCACAAAGCCAGAUUCGUUAAAUGUUAUGUGUUCAAUUUGUUACGAUUUUUAUAAAAACACGGAUCAUAUCUUUUCCACAACCUGUGGUCAUAUAUUUCACAAGAAAUGUUUAUUAAUGGCAUUUAAAAAUUCAAAUACCUGUCCUGAAUGUCGUCGUCCAUCUGGAAAGAACAGAGUGCAUCCCAUAUUCCUCAAUUUUGGUGAAUGUAGCGAAAUGGAUAUAAAAUGGAUGGAAUCUAGUGCUGUUGAUGCCUAUGCAAAUAUGCCUAUUUGGACACCAUUAUACCAAUUAGAAUGGGGUGGUUCGGCCCCACUGGCUCCACCAGAGCCAGAUGAAGCCAUACAAGCAGGAACAGACACCGAAGGCAAUCCAACAUAUGUGGCUCGUGUUUAUUUCCAAGAUGACCUUCUGCCAGCCGGAUAUGUACCAGCUAAAGGAGUUGCAUAUGCGUCCUACGGUUGUAAUGGUUAUACACUUAGUGAAAAUAUCGAAUUAUUGAAUAAUUUUACACACAAAUGGGUAGCUGAUACAAUGGGACAUGUACCGGAAGGAGCUGUAGUGGGUGGAUAUUCUGAGCUUGGUGAGGAUUUGUAUGUAGCACGAGCACAAUAUAAUGACAAAACGCUGCUGGGCAAGUCACACAUCAUGGAGACCGGGAAUAAAGAUAGUGUUAAGGAGGAUUCGGUUUCCACAAAGCCGUAUUCGCGAUAUGUUAUGUGUUCAAUUUGUUACGAUUUUUAUAAAAACACGGAUCAUAUCUUCUCCACAACCUGUGGUCAUAUAUUUCACAAGAAAUGUUUAUUAAUGGCAUUUAAAAAUUCAAAUACCUGUCCUGAAUGUCUUCGUCCAUCUGGAAAGAACAGAGUGCAUCCCAUAUUCCUUAAUUUUGGCGAACGUAGCGAAAUGAAUAUAAAAUGGAUGAAAUCUAGUGCUCUUGAUGCCUAUGCAAAUAUGCCUAUUUGGACACCAUUAUACCAAUUAGAAUGGGGUGGUUCGUCUCCACUGUCUCCACCAGAGUCAGAUGAAGUCAUACAAGCAGGAACAGACACCGAAGGCAAUCCAACAUAUGUGGCACGUGUUUCUUUCCGGGAUGACCUUCUGCCAGCCGGAUAUGUACCAGCUAAAGGAAUUGCAUAUGCCUCCCAUGGUUGUAAUGGCUAUACACUUAGUGAAAAUAUCGAAUUAUUGAAAAAUUUUACACACAAAUGGGUAGCUGAUUCAAUGGGACAUGUACCGGAAGGAGCUGUAGUGGGCGGAUAUUCUGAGCUUGGUGAGGAUUUGUAUGUAGCACGAGCACAAUAUAAUGACAAAACACUGUUGGGCAAGGUACACCCUUCUCACAGGGUAUUGUAUAUGCCAUACGAUGGAAUUGAAGUACAUUCAACUGAAUAUGAAGUAUUGGUGCAAGAAAAGGUCACUGUGCAAGGAAAUGGCGAAAAAAAUAAUGAAUCAUAAACAGAAAUCAGUAAAUUUUCAAUCAAGCACUUGACUCUACAUCAUAUACACAUUUAUAUUAUUAUCAUUAUAUUUUUAUUAUAAUUAACCAGUGAUCCAGCGGAACAAAUUCAAAAAGUACCUAUACUCGCCUAAACAAUUUGUUUAACAAAUAUAAAAGUCAUAAAUUAUAUAAAGUAAUACUAAUACUGAAUCCUUCAAAAUGUACUUAUUGUAUUACAACAUUUUGUUUAUUUAAACAUUAUGUAAAUAUAUAAUUUUUUAUUAAAUAUACAUUUUUAACCACA